AUGCAGUGUAAUGCUGACUCGGAUAUGGAGACCCCAGGCCAAGACGAAACAACUCAGAGCCCGAGCAACGGGGGUUCACUUGAAACCCCCACCCUCCGGCGAACACGAGUGGCCUGCAAAGCGUGUAAUCAAAGGCGGGUCAAAUGUGAUGCGGGAGAAGGACAGCCUUGCUGGCAUUGUCGCAUACGUCAAACGCCCUGCGAACUGAUUGAAUCCCGACGAGGAAAGUAUACUCGGAGAAAAGAGGGUCAUAGGAAAAGCCCACGGGCCUCGAAGCAUCCAAAGACACCUAGAGCCACAUCCAUCAGAGGAAAUCGAGAAUCUCCCAAUGUGGCCGAUGCAUCCGACAGAGCCAAUACUCUAGACACAAAUGAUGGUGCCACACGCUUAGAGCCUUCGCACGAGGGAGAGGGACCGCCUCAGCAUAGCCAGCCACCUCAGUCUGAUCAGAUAAACCCGAUUUUACGCCCACAGCACCUAGGCGACUCUAGUCUAUCGUACACUGUCGAGGUAGUCUACAGCCCCAAAGGAGGCUCCUCGGAGCCCUUGAAAGUACGCUAUCCGAUCCCAGCUUCAAUCAGCAACCGAGCGGCACCCAGUCAUGAAACCGAGGUCAAGGAACCGGUCUCACUGCAGGAAGCCCUAGAAUUACCUCCCAAAGAUAUUGCCGAUCAGCUGGUCCGCACCUUUUUUGAGAUCAUUCACCCAGCCUACCCUGUGUUUGAUCGCAAGAAAUUCGCGAGCUCAUAUUCCCAAAACCAAGCAUCCCCUCUGGUUUUACAUACAAUAUUCCUCCUUGGCUUCACGAUUGGUAGCGAGAGUCUUGUACAAGAAGCCGGAUACAGUAGCCGCGCGACGGCAAGGAGAAAGCACUACCUCCGUGCGAAGGCAUUAUACGAUGCCGAUUAUGACAACGACCGAUCAAAUGUCGUGGCAUGUCUUUUGCUUUUGGGAUUCUGGUGGGCUGGACCCGAAGAUCAGAAAGAUACUUGUUACUGGGUUGGAUGUGCUACGAAUGUCGCACAGUCUACAGGAAUGCAUCGCUCGUACGUGACAUCUACACACUGCAGGGAACGUGCUCACAUUAUUCUAGAAUAUCGGAGUAUGGGCUGA